GGAAGCGCCCUGUGCUUAAUGGCAUCUUCACUCAGACUAGAUAAAUAAGAGAUGAAACACAAGGAGAAUAAAUAACCGCAAAAAAUGAAGAUAGCCUGAUGACAAAAUGGUCCGAAAAAAUAAACGAUCUUCCUCCAAAAUAAUUGCAGCUGGACUAGAUGAAAAAAAUGUUAUGUUCUGCACACGAAAAAAGCAUAUAAUUUUCCAAUAUUUUCACUCAGGCACAACAGGAACGGCACAACAGCAUUGUGAGAGACGAUUUUUUUUGUCAAAGUUUUUUUUCAUAGCAAAACCGUUAUAAAGCAUCAUCAUACAUCAGUAAGUGACAUAAAAGAGUAGAGCGAACUAUAACACAGAAUAAAGACCUCAGAUAAGCAAUUUUGUACGCUCGUUUGAUAAAAAGUACACCUACAGCAGAACAAGAUACAUAAAAACCGCACAGCCAAAUUUUUACGAACAGUCUUUAACAGUGGUCGAAGCAGCACGUCUAAAUUGUACAAAAGUCGGACAGCAACGCGAAAGGAUUUGAAAGUAUCUAUAGGACAAGCACAAGCGGAGCUUCAUCACUUCAGCUACAUCACAUAUAUUAAGCCACAAAACCGCAAAAAUGGCUCCGCCCGCUACACUCGCCAACAUCGACCUGGCCUCCUUGGCACCACUGAUUUCCGCCGCGGUUGCCAUCCUUGCGACCUUUGUGUUCUGGUUCAAGACCCAGCGAGGCGGUGUGGUUUUACAGAGGAAAAAAACGGAGCUGCAAAUCAGCCAGAUCGUCAAUGUUAGCGAAGAUACCAAGCAGAUUCGACUAGCUUUUCCGAGGAGCGGCAUGAGACUCGGCCUGCCAGUGGGGAAGCACUUCAAGGUACUAUAUAAAGACUUCUUGCAGCAGAGGAUUUGUUCUAGUACCAGAGAUUAUUAGUCGAUCUCUGUAAAAAAGCAGGUACAGUCAUUCCUUGUGUCAAACCACGAGCAGACAUUCGUUUCAGCAGCAGCGCUGAGAAGUUCUUACUUUGCAAUGUGCAAAAACCACGAAUCUCCAGGUGUACGCGCCGAAUCCGGCUUUGUCAAAAUCCGAAAAGACCUGGAACGGGCGGGAGUAUGAACUGCAAAAGUAUCGUACUAGUAGUAAUUGCAAUACAAAUUAGCUCCGCAUAACAUCAAAUGGAAUUUGUCAUGCUAUUUUGCCUUGGGAUAAAGAUUUGCAAUGCAUGAUUGCGAUUACUACGAGUACGAUACUUUUGCACAGGAUAGAGAGGACCCCGAGGCGACGAAGAAGCAGAUCGAGCGCGCCUACACACCGGUGACCGGGGAUGAAGUCAAGGGCUACGUUAUCCUGAGUAAAAACGUACCCACACCAGAGUCAGGAUGGGGAUUCUGCAACACAAACCUAGGAGUUUUGUGAGUCACGCAUGACAAGUUGCACUCUGCAGUGUAGUGCAGGUUAGCAAGUGCAGCCGCAUCACAAAUCCAGCUGCUCAUGCUGUUUACAGCAUCACAAAUUCCAAAAGGACGGGAAGAAAUGGCUCUCAUGGUGAUGCGCAUUACAAGUCUUCCUGUCUUUGCAAAUCUGCAUUACAACUCUGGUGUGGGUACGUUUCUACUCAGGAUAUACGUGGACCUUGUGAUAAAAAUGUACCGACCGGGCAAGGUAACCAUGCCGGACGGCCGGGUAAUGGACUGGGCCGACGGCGGAAAAAUGAGUGGGUGUUUUUUGGACAAGAAGAAGGUCGGCGACUACGUCACCAUCGACGGACCCUUCGGGCUGCUGAACUACCUGGGCAAGGGGGAAUUCAAGCUGCCGGGAAUCUCUGGUAUUUUAUUUUUGCACGGAUGUAGUUAUGUCUAGAAAAAAAAAAUAUUAUAGAAAUUCUCCCGACGCCCAAUAGAGAUUCUCCCUAUAGAGAAUCUCCCGCGUCGAAUCUAUCGGCCCCCGAUUUGUCUUCGAUUGCGUUUGAUCUUCGCCUUUGCCUGGCGCAAAAGCUGUUGGCCUUCCUCUGGCGCAAAAGCCCAAGUGUGACGGUCCGACCCUUGGGGAAGUAAACGCGGGGCCUCUACGUUGCGGCUGCGAGAUGUUCGCCUCUCGCUUGACUUUUGCAAAGUGCUCUUCUUAUUCCGUGCCCAUGGACGGGGAAACAAGUUUCUGUGCAUGUUCCGGCCUCUGGGGGUUCAGCUUUUUCAUUCUUUUUUUGCCCGCAGUCAGUUGUGGGGAAAGAAAGAAUAAUGCCGCACCGACCUGGCGGCCGGCGUAGGGGAAAUAAAGAAUAUUCCCGCAGAUUGUGCGCGCGUGGGCUUCUUUUUGAGCGGCCGGGUGCUUUUGCCCGCCUAUGCGCGGCAUCUGGCGUGACGGAAAUGAAAAAAAUUUCUGCGCGCUGCGUGCGCGCUGGCUUUUUCUUGUAAGCAGCCGGGCGCCCCUUUUCGCCGGCCCGCGCGCGUCAUCUUGCGGCGUGCUGGUAUCGAAAAAUAUAAAUUUGCGCGCGCGCUUUUGUUUUUCAUUAGCGGCCGCACACUCCCCCUUGCCCGCGCGGCACACGCAGUGCGUGGGGUGGUUUGAAUGGUUAAUUUUUCGCGCGUUGCGCACGCGCGAGCUUUUUAUUUUUUUGCGUGCGGGCACGCAUUGCUUCACGCGCACCUUGCCAGGCGUAUUGAUCGAAAUGAAUGAACCUGACCUCCGCUGCGCGUGCGGGCUUUGUCUUUUGAGCGCGUGGGGAGGCGCGCGCUCCUUCACGGCAGCGCGGCGCCCAAGUGCCGUGCCAGGCGCGUGGGCAUGGAAAUUUCGCGCGCUGCCUGCGCACGAGGAUCGAUUUUCUUUUGGGCGGCCACGCAGUCCUUUUCGCGGGAGCCACGCCUAGGCUGGGAAAGAAAAGAAGCCAACAGACUUCGCUCGCUCCGUUCGCGUUUGCGUUUUUUUUGGGCGGCGAGCCGCGCUGGGUGGCGAUUUGGGAUCGAAUUCAAAAAAUUCAAAAAAUAUUCACGGGCAGCGCGCGCGCGAGUUUUCUUCUCUGAGCGGCCGGGCACUCCCGUCGCCCGCCCCCCCGCGCGCCGCUCUUGCUGGCGAUGUGGGAUCGAAUUCAAAAAAAUUUCGCGCGCUGCGCGCGCGCAAGUUUUUUUUCCCUGAGCGGCCGGGCACUCGCUCCCGUCGUCAGCGUGCCGCGCUUGGUGGCGGUGUGGAGUCGAAUUCCAAAAAUUUUCGCGCGCUGCGCGCGCGCGAGUUUUUUCGCCUGAGUGGCCGCGCACCCCCGUCGUCCUCGCGCCACGCUUGGCGGCGAAGCGGAAUCGAAUUCACAAAAUUUUCCCAGCGUGUUUUUUUCUCUGAGCGGCCGCGCACCCCCGUCGCCCGCGCGCCGCGCAUGGUGGCGAUGUGGUGUCGAGAGUCAAAAACUUUCGCGCGCUGCGCGCGCGCGAGUUUUUCAACGCGCCGCCCGCGCUCCGCGCCUGGUGGCGAUGUGGGAUCGAAGCAAAAAAAAAUUUGCGCGCUGCGCGCGCGCGAAUUUUCUUUCUCUGGGUGGCCGCGCAUCCCCGUCGCUCGCGCGCCACGCACGGUGGCGACGUGGCGCCGAGUUCAAAAAAUUUUCGCGCGCUGCGCGCGCGCGAGUUUUUUUCUCCGAGCGGCCGCGCGCCCCCGUCGCCCGCGCGGCGCGCUUGGUGCCGAUGUGGAAGCGAAUUCCAAAAAUUUUCGCACGCUGCGCGCGCGCGGGCCUUUUUCUCUGAGCGGCCGCGCACCCCCGCCGCCCGUUCUCCGCGCUCCCUUGGCGCCGAUCUGCGAUCGAAUUCAUGGCGGCGCAUUUGUUGGGGAACAAAAAAAGCUCUCGCGCGUUGCGGUCGUGCGCGCGUGCUGCGGGGGGAAUGGGUUAAAUUCCCUCGCGCGGGUUGUGGCCGUGUGAGUGUCGUGAUUGGAAAGAAUGGAUGGAAUGGCGUAAAUUCUCUCUCGCUGCGCGUCUGGGGUCUGUUUGUUGGAGCAGGCGGCGCGCGCUCUUUUUCAUUCGCCGCGCUUCUCGGCGUUGGUCGCGGGAAUGAAAAAAAAAGUUCUCGCGCUCCGCCCGCCUGAGCUUUUUCUCUAGGUAGUGCCCCCUUUUUCCGCGCGCCACACCUAGGUGGCGGCGGGCGUUUUGGGGGCCAAAAAAAAUUUCGCGCGCUGCGCGCGUGGGCCUUCUUUCGGGCAGGCGCGCGGGCGUUCUCGCGUGCCGAGUCUGGCGCCGUGGGUUGGGGGCCGCGCGCUAAGUGGGUCUAGCAAAGAUUUUCGAGGAGCGCCGCGCGCCCCUACGGUAUCGCGCGCCAGAUCUAGUCGGUGUGGGCGUGCGUCACAAAGAUUGUCUUGCGGCGGUGGCCGCGCGCCCCUUCUCGCCCGCGUGUUGCGUCUGGCGCCGUGAUGGGAAUGGAAAGAAAAACUCGCGCACUGGGCGCGGGCGCUUCUUGCUCCUUUUGGGCAGGGCGGCCGCCCCCUCCCUUUCUCGCGCACCAUCCCAGGGCCGUGGGCGGUGCGUGGGUGGGAAUGGGAACGGGAUCGCACCUUUUCGAUGGUGCGCGGCACCGCGAAGUUUUUUGUGUGUGGGGGUGCGCGUGGGGGUGAUGGAAUGUCCAUUGGCCGGAAGACAUGCGCCCCGCCCGUGUUUUGGUGGCUGGGAGCCCGCCCGAUAGCAAAACUUUUUGGCGCGCGCAGUGGCCGGGCCUGCGGGGACGAGCUGCCAGCCUACUCUGCCUAGCGCGCUUGCUUGCUCGCCUGGCAAGCGGGGCUGCCUCUAGCCUGCUCGGGCUGCCUCUACCUUGCCCGUCUGCGGGGGGGGGGCUGCCGCUAGACGGCCUGGCCUGCCGGUAGCCUUCCUGGGCAGGCUGCCCCUAGCAUGAUUGGGCUACCUCUAGCCUGCCGGGGCUGCCUAGCGAAGCCUGGCUUGCUGGGCUGCCUAGCAUUAGCAAAGAAAGCCUGGCCGGCGUGGCUGCCGAGCAACAAGCGCCGAUCUUGCUGGGCUGCCCAACAAAGAAAGCGAAAGCCUGGCCUGCUGGUGGGCUGCCAGCCUUACCUAGCAGAGCCUGGCCUGCUGGGCUGCCAGCCUAGGCUAGUUGCUAGGGCUGCCAGCCUAGCCUAGCACGGCCUGGCUUGCUAGGGCUGCUGGCCUAGCGAGGCGCAACCUAGCAAAGCCUGGCAGCCAUCUCAGAUAGAGAAUCUCCAUCUGAGAUAGAGAAUCUCUAUCUCAGAUGGAGAAUCUCUAUUUCGGCUUCGCCACUGGUGGAGAAGCUGCUGAAAUAUAAGAAAAACACGUGGGAAAACAGUGAAACAGUAAAAGAAAAAAAAGAAAGAAAAAGAAAGAAAAAAGAGGACAGCGAUUCUAUUUCUCAUGGAGAAUUUCUAUUUUCCUCCGAGAAUCUCUAUUUCAAAUAGAGAUUCUCGGAGAUUUUCUAUUUCGAGAGCCGUAGUUGCUUCUUUGGAUGAUUCGAUUUUUCACCUUGAUCUUCUAGUACUUUACCAUGGCCUGAUGCCACAUUUUCUUUACUUCUUUCACCGUCGCAAGCCGUAGUUCUUCUGGACAUGAUGUUGAUUUGCAUUCGCUGAUGGUACUAAAAUAAAAAUGUCGUAUUUAAUUUUGCGAAAAAAAUCUUAGACGAAAGUCCAAAAAAAGUGAUCGCUGCUGGUACAAACGAAAUCUGUGUAAAAAUCUUCUACUACCCAGGUACCCGAAAGCACAAGUCUGUCGGCAUGAUGGCCGGUGGAUCCGGGAUCACGCCCAUGUUGCAGAUCCUCCAGGCGGCCUGCCGGGAUCCCAAGGAUGACACGAAAUUUUCCCUGCUCUACGCCAAUAAGACGGAGUCCGACAUCCUCGUCAAGGAUCUUUUGCUAGAUCUGGAAAAGCAGUCGAAGGGAAAAAUCUCCGUCAACUUCACCCUCGACUUUCCGCCGGAGAAGUGGGCGGGCGAAAAGGGGUUCAUCACGAAAGAGAUGAUUUCAAAACUGCUGCCGAAGAAGGAGGAAAGUCCGGUGUUUCUGCUCUGCGGCCCCCCGCCCAUGGUGGAAUUUGCCUGCAAGAAAAACCUGGAAGCGCUGGGCUUUGAUUUGAAAAAGGAUGUGGCGUACUUCUAAAAUAAAGAAUCUUGGUUGAACUUGAAGUAUGCAGUGUGAGGAUGAAGAAGAGGAGGAUGUUGCGUCAAGAAGACCAACCAUGAUCAAGAGCUGUUUCAGAAGUUUCUUUCGGACUUUACAUUUCUUCUUUUUUUGCAAAACUCAGGACAUGAUGCAGCUCUCGAAGGCGGCCUGCAAUCGACUCAAAAGUCUUGUUCAACAGAUGAUUACAACAUACGGCUAGAAUGGAGAAGACUAAAAUGAAAACUGUACAUCACAAGAACCAGAAGUCUUCUUACACCACGAGCAUGCAGAAAAAAAAAAAACAACAUAGCAUGUUGAUUUCAUCAUCAUCUCUUUUUACGCUUUUUUUGCUUGUUGCGGCAAAGACAAUGCUAGCACGGAAGUCAUCACUUCUACAUGCAGCUCUUUGGACAUCGACUUCCUCUACUUUCGGUUUUGCACAGUCAAACUGAAAGUAGCUGUAUGUUGUCUCAAGCCGCCUGCUAGAGCUUUAUCUUUGGACCUUCUACACACGAGGACAUAGUCGACGCGACAAUUUUUUUCAUCAAAGAAUAAGAAGCAGGAACAAAGCAAAAGGUCAGGAACAUUCAGGCAAAGAAGAAGUUGCCACAAAGAAGCAAAAAUCAUCGAGAAGAAAAACUCGCCGCCCAGGGCAGGAUUUGCAGAUGUCUUUUUUGGCAUCCAUGCAAAUCUGUUUCUCGAGCAAAGCAAAUUGAUGCUUGAUUUCUGAUUCACCUCUUUAACGCACUCGCACAAUUAACGCAUGAUUCUUCAGACACGCAGCGGACAUCUGCUUAGCGCCACAGUAAAGAAGGAUAGUGUGGUCGUGUUGACCCAAUAGAUGUAGCAUCAUGAGCAGUAU